GUCUCCGGGGCCGGCGCGCGCGGCUCCCGUCACUCGAACGCGCGUCGGCGGAAAAAUGGCGGAGUCCGGCGGCAGCGGCGGCGGUGCUGGCGGCGGCGGCGCGUUCGGCGUGGGCCCGGGCCCUGAGCGCCCGAACAGCACGGCCGAUAAGAAUGGGGCCCUUAAGUGCACCUUCUCAGCACCUGGCCACAGCACUAGCCUCCUACAGGGCCUGGCAACCCUCCGCUCCCAGGGCCAGCUGCUUGAUGUGGUGCUCACCAUCAACAGAGAGGCCUUCCAUGCGCACAAGGUGGUCCUGGCUGCCUGCAGUGAUUACUUCAGCAUCCAGCCUGCUUUUUUCUUACCAGCUGCACACUGUGUUCUGUGUCUUGGCGCCACUGUUCCUGAGGUCAGGCUGUUCCUGGCUGGCCAGAAUGCCCCCUAGCUGCCCUG